AUGUCCAAAAACGAAUACUUUAACUCUCCUGAAGGACCACCACCUAACUUUCAACAAUCUCAGAGUCACGUAGGAGGUAAUUCUUACGUGCCGCAAGCUCAGCCAUCAUACAAUAACACUACACAAGAUCGUGGAAUGUUUAGUCACAAUCAACCACAAUAUCAGCAAGGGUACGGACAAGGUCCACCACCAAAUGCAUACUAUCAGCAACAACCAGGUUAUGGGUAA